GGAGGAGGAGUUCGGAAAGCUACCAGCAGGGAGACGCGGCGGCCGCAACCAUGGGCGUUGGGCCUGCGGGUGCUCGAAGCGGGCUCCAAGAACUGCCGGGCUGAUCUGCAGAGGCCCCGCGGGGACUGGCCCUCGACGUUAAGCCGCGGUGGUGUCCCCGCCGGCUCUGCAAGGGCAUUUGAUUGCGAACCGGGCGCAUCGGACGAGCCGGGCAGCCGCCGGCCACUUCAGGGGGGGCCUUCCUGGCAGUUGGGCGGAUCGAGAGGGCUGUGUGGUCACAUCUGGAAGUGCGGUGACCCCGCCAGGCACGUUUCGGGGGGCCGGGGCGCGUCCACAGGGGCCGCCGCACAUCCCCGGGGGGACACCGCCCGGGCCGCUUCGGUCGAGUCCCAGAGCGCCCCUGGAUGGCUGAGCUGCCCCCUCGCCGGCCGCCGGGGCGCCACAGCGGCUGAGCUCGCUGGGAUCGCCGGGCCACUGCCGCCCUCGCUGCCCCCUGCAUGCCCGGCGCCCGGGUCGCGGCCCACCUGGACGCGCUGGGCCCCCUGGUCCCCUACGUGCCGCCGCCGCUGCUGCCCUCUAUGUUCUACGUGGGCCUGUUCUUUGUCAAUGUGCUGAUCCUGUACUACGCCUUCCUCAUGGAGUACAUCGUCCUCAACGUGGGCCUCGUCUUCCUGCCCGAGGACAUGGACCAAGCGCUCGUGGACCUCGGUGUGCUCUCCGACCCCGGCUCGGGACUCUACGAUGCAGACUCAGAACUCGACGUCUUCGAUGGUUACUUGGAGUAGGCUUGGCUUCCGUCCCCCACGCCCCCCACCACGACCCGCAACCUUCCGCCGGGACCAGCCGCCGCCGCUGGCUGAGAGCACCUGGCCAGGGAUGGGACCCCCAGGACGAGGCCCUCUCCAGCCUCCGAGGCCUGCCUGCUCCGCUCGAAAGCUCCGUGCCAACAGGGAGGUUCCCAUCCAGACCCAGGACAGUGGGAUGGAGAGGUUGAGACUGAGUGCCAAGGUCAGGAAGGCAUCUGCCCCCCUCCCCAAAAGGAGGAGGUGGGGGCAUCCGAAGACCUCACCCAGCUGCGGCUCGUACACAUGGCCUUGCAUUGGCUUUUGACCUUUCACAGUUGCGAUGGAUGUUUACAGGAACCCAGCCAGAGUCUGCCUCCCGCUCUUCACCCCCGACUGCACCUGCUUUCUCCACUUAACCUUGAAAAGGACACUUCAAACCGUGGACACACACACAAAAGUGACAGGCAGCUCCGGCUGAUGCCCAUGGAGCCCUGAGCCCGGCUGGGUUUGGCCCGGCUGGUCUUAGAUGCAGCGACUGUUUCAGGAACAGUGACUCCAAAGGAAAAGAGGCAAGGACCGCGUCCGGGGCUGAGGGUAGGGUUUUGACUCAUUCAAGUUGCUUGUUCAUCAAGUUGCCAGAACUGACCCCUCGCGUCCAGGGAAGGCCACGCUGCUCCUCUGGCCAGAAAUAUUUUUAGAAAAUGUUGAGUGGUAUGAAUACUUGACUUCGAUAAACCUGUAAAAGCAAUACUUACGAGGCUGACCUCUUUCAAUUAAAAAAUGUUUGCAAUUCCAACCCC